AUGUCUCUAUUACCGUUUUUUCGCUCUUUGGCUUUAAAAAAUACCACAAAUUCCAAGUUACUACCAGUCGCUGUAAGGAAUAUAUCCAAACAGAUAACCAAACUUGCAGUAAAUGCAUCCAAAAACCAAUAUGUCCUACCAGGCGCCUUAACUCAGAUACCACAAGAACCUAUUAAAGCCGAUACCCCAGAUUAUCAACUACCUGGUUUAGUGAAAGAGUCUCCAGAUAACCCAUUAUGGUGUCCAACGUUGCCCGGAAGUGCCGAGCCUAUUUUACUAGAUGGCUGCGGUAAAUCUAAGAGAAAGAAGAAGUGCAAGAAGCGUAAGAGGAAGUACAAGUGCAUCAAGAAGAAAUGUAAACGUCUAAAGAAGAAGUACAAGAAAUGCAAGAAGAAGAAGAAGUGCCUCAAAAAGAAAGUCAAGAAAUGUAAAUUAAAAAGAAGCAUGCAUGAUUUACAAGCAUUUCAAGGUAAUCACCAUACAGAACCUUUUAAAGUAAAUCCAAAUCCCUAUGGACUACCAGGUGCAUCUACUACAAUCUCAGAACUUCCCUUAUGGUGCCCCCCAUCAUCCGUAAACGGUGGUGGUGAUCAGCCUAUUUUAUUAGAUGGUUGUGGUGGUAGUAAAAAGAUACCAACGUCUGACCAGAACAGAAACCCAGAGAUACCAACGCCCGACCAAAACAGAAACCCAGAGAUACCAACGCCCGAUCAGAACAGAAACCCAGAGAUACCAACGCCCGAUCAGAACAGAAACCCAGAGAUACCAACGCCCGACCAGAACAGAAACCCAGAGAUACCAACGCCCGACCAGAACAGAAACCCAGAGAUACCAACGCCCGGCCAGAACACAAACCCAGAGAUACUAACGCCCGACCAGAACAGAAACCUAGAGAUACUAACGCCCGAUCAGAACAGAAACCCGGAGAUACCAACGACCGACCAGAACAGAAACCCUAGAGAUACCAACGCCCGACCAGAACAGAAACGCAAAGAUACCAACGCCCGAUCAGAACAGAAACCCUAG